ACGAUGCAGACAUAAAGAGGGCCGCAACAGCCCGUUCCAAAUAUCUUUUUUCUCCAGUUCACUCGCUCGCAACACAUUCCUUCCUUCCUAUCCACAGAGCUACAGCGGAAGCUAGUCUUUCUUUUCAGUCUUCAUCCUAUUCUUUCGGCAGGGCCAUCCAGUUUAUUCACUCUCUCAUUCCAAUAACUCACCUUUCGUUUCAUCCAUCCGAAAAAAUCACCAUGAAGUUUUCCAUCUUCACUGUUCUCACCCUUGCGGUGACCGCCAUCGCCGGUCCCAUUGCCAAGCGUGCUGCCGCCGCCGACGCAGCUCCUUGGGGCUAUGCCACCAUGAACGGAGGAACCACCGGAGGAUCCGGAGGUACGACCGUCAAGGUCUCUACCCUCGCCGCGCUCAAGACGGCCGCCAAAGCCUCUGGCAAGUCGAUCAUCAUCAUCACGAGCUCCAUCACCGGCACCGAGUCGGUGAAGGUCGCCAGCGACAAGACCAUUCUUGGCGCCUCGUCCAGCGUCGUCCUCAACGGUGUUGGCUUGAUCGUUAAGUCGGCCUCGAACGUCAUCAUCCGCAACCUGACCAUCAAGAAGGUCCUCGCCUCGUCCGGUGACGCCCUCGCCGUCCAGAAGUCCACCAACGUCUGGAUCGACCACGUCGACCUCUCCAGCGAUCUCUCACACGACAAGGACUACUACGACGGCCUCCUCGACCUGACCCACGCCGCCGACUACGUGACCAUCUCGUACUGCUUCAUCCACGACCACUACAAGGCGUCUCUCGUCGGGCACUCCGACAGCAACGGCAGCGAGGACAAGGGCCACCUGCGCAUCACCUACGGCUACAACUACUUCCAGAACAUCAACUCGCGCGGUCCGUCGUUCCGCUUCGGCACCGGCCACUUGUUUAACAACUACUACAACGCCGUCUCCGACGGCAUCAACACCCGCCAGGGCGCCCAGCUCCUCGUCGAGAACAACGUCUUCGUCGGCAGCAAGAAGACCCUCUACUCCACCGACGCUGGCUACGCUGUCAACACUGGCAACGACUUUGGCGGUGUGGCCGCUACCGCCUCAAAGGGUACCUUCACCAAGGCGCCUUACUCCUACACUGCUGUUGCCGCCACUAAGGUCAAGGCUGCCGUCGUCGGUGCUGCCGGUGCCACCCUCAAGUUCUAAGUGCGCGGAGUAGUAGAGGAAGUCUAGGGGAGGGGAUGGGGAUGGGGAGGAAGUGGAUGUGCGGGGUAGAAAGGGGAGGGGAAGGAGAGUGAGAGUGAGGGGGUUGUAUAUAUGAGCCACUGGUGGGUUCGUCUAUUAGUUAGCGGGGGAGGGGGGUGUGGCGGUUAAUUUAUAGUUUCUAUC